UGCUGCAUUAGUAGAGGUGGGACCCAGAGAGAUAGAAAAUGCCACUGCAGAAUUUUUUUGGACGAUCCCCCACGACCCCGAUUGCCUGGAUUAUUACCAAGGGAGGAGCCAGCCAUUCAUGGUGAGCGUCCGCCUUUUCUAUUUAAUGGUGAAUGAAUGGAAUAGUUCACAUCAGCCGUCUGUUGUCGAUAUUGGACAGUUGAGAUGACACAUAAUCUGUUGCUUCGAUUCCAUAUUGUAUGAGCAUUUAUGUUUUUGAAUUCUAAGGAGCGAGGGAUGAGGAUCGAAGAACUUCCAGUGGUGAAAAGAGGUUCCAAUGGCUUGAAGAUUGAAAAGAACAGUGCUAAUUACUUUUCUUUGUGCGAAGAGCCCACAUCCAUUGGAAACCAGAUGCUUUCUCCUAAUGAAAGUGAGAAAUCAAGUUGCAGAUGGGUUGCGAGAACUCGGCAAGGAAAUACCCAAGUGGUGGGAAGCAGAAAAUCUCGAAGGUUGACUAAUGCAGGCUCCAAUUGCUUGAAGAUAGAAGAGAAGAAUGGCCUGAAGAUUGAAGAGAACAAUGUUAAUUGUUUUCUCUUGUGCGAAGAAUUCACCUCCAAUAAAAACCAGAUGUUUACUCCUGAGGAAUCUGGGAAAGCAAAUUUUCAAAUGGUCGGAAGAACGCCUCAAGCGAAUACCCAAAUGGUGGAAAGGAGAAAGUCUCAGAGGUUAGCUAGAGCGGGCUCCAAUGGUUUGAAGGUUGAAGAGAGCAGUGUUAAAUGCUUUCCCUUGUUUGAAGAGCCCACAUCCACUAGAAACCUGAUGCUUUCUCCUAACAAAACUGAGAGAAAAAAUUUCCAAAUGGUUGCAAGACCCUGGCAAGGACAUACCCAAUUGGUCGGAACGAGAAAGUCUCUGAGGUUGGCUAAUGCAGGCUACAAUGCCUUGAAUAUUGAAGACAAGAACAGUGUUAACUGCUUUCCCUUGUGCGAAGAGCCCGCGUCCAUUAGAAACCAAAUGCUUUCUCCUAAUAAAUCUGAUAGAGAGAAUUUCCCAAUGGUCGCAAGAAACCUGCAAGGAAAUACCCAAAUGGUGGGAAGGAGAAAGUCUCUGAGGUUGGCUAAUGCAAGCUUGAAGAUUGAAGAUAACUGUCUUAAUUGCCUUCCCUUGUGCGAAAUGCCCACCUCCAUUGGAAACCAGAUGCCUUCUCCUAAGAGAAGUGAGAGAGAAAAUUUCCAAAUGGUUGCAAGAACCCUGCAAGGACAUACCCAAAUAGUGAGAAGCAGAAAGUCUCGGAGGUUAGCUAAUCUAGGCUCCAAUGGCUUGAAGAUUGAAGCGAACAAAGUCGAUUGCUUUCCCAUGUGCGAACUGCCCACCUCCAUUAGAAACCAGAUGCUUUCUCCUAAACAAAAUGAGAAAGCAAAUUUCCAAAUGGUUGCAAGAACCAGGCAAGGAAAUACCCAAAUGGUGGGAAGGAGAAAGUCCCAGAGGUUGGCUAGUGCAGGCUCCAAUGGCUUGAUGAUUGAAGAGAACAAUGUCAAUUGCUUUCCCUUAUGCAAAGAGCCCACCUCCAUGAGAAACCAGAUUCUUUCUCCCAAGAAAACCAAGAAAGCAGAUUUCCAAAUGGCUGUAAGAAGAAAUUCUGAUGAAAACCAGAAAGAGAAUUCUGAAAUUCUGUCAAGAACAGAGUUUCUGCGGCUGGAUAAUGUAGGUAGUGACAAUAUUGGAGAGAAUAGCAUUCUCCCCUUGAGGAAAUCGACCAGGUUGGUUAGGGGUUCUAAGAGGAAACUCAAUGAGGAUUCUUCUUGUGUUGUGCCAGAUUCUUCAGAGAGAGACAAGGGAGAUUUGGAUAAGAGAGAGAAGAUGGAGACUGCUUCUGUUGGCCCCAAGCAGGUGAGCAGAAUGGGGGGAAAGAAAGAGAUGAAGACUGUUAAAAAAGAUGAGAAACAGAGCAAGGCUGAAAGAAACACAUUUGAGGAAUUUGGGGAUGAAGAGGAAAUUUGGAAUUCAAAGAACAGUGAAGGUUCUUUUGAAUGUUUUGCUAGUGAAGGGUGGAGUGAAGAUCAAGAAGCGGCAUUACAGAAAGCAUACCUGACUGUGAAACCUGUUCCUAAAUUUUGGAAGGAGGUCUCUAAGCUGGUUCCAGGCAAAUCAGCUCAGGAAUGUUUUGACAGAAUCCAUUCCGUCCUUCCAACUCCAUCUUUAUCUAGGCCACGUUCAACGAUUAGCGGCAAGAGUGUUACUAAAAUGGGGUCGCUCACUCCAUACAAAGACAAAGUACUGCUGCCUGCUGGACAUAAGCCGAAUAGAACGAGUAGUGGUAAGAGGAGUCUUCUUGCUCGUAAGACUGUGAGGCAUCUAUUGAGGAAGCACAGUCGGGUUGAACAAGGUCAUGAAGUAGAUCUCUUUGCAUUGAUUGAAGGUUCAGAUUCCCCCACUUGUUCCCUCCCUCCUACCCCAGAUUGUCUAUAUAAACCUUCUACUUUUCUGCAAAGCAACCAAAAGGUUCAUCCGGUAUUGCAUUCAAAGCCGCUUUCCGAAAUAAAAAAUAUACAGGUCCAGCAGGGGCUUAUGAGCCCAGAGGUUCUGAAACAAGUAAAGAAUUUGGCCUUGCAUGAGAAGUAUAUUGAUCAACUGCAUAGCAGAGAGAUGAAAAGAAAUAUGGGUUCAAGGAACUCUAGCAUUGGCAACAAUGUAGGAGGGGAUUUGCAGGAUAGGGGCGUUUUUAAGGUGGCAAGGACAGCUCUGGUUACUGAGACCAUGGAUGUUCUCAAGAAACUUGAGAGUAAUGAAACAAGUCCUACGAUUAAUGAUGAGGAAUUUGAGGAUGAUCUUGAUAAUGAGAAUGAUGCCAAUUACUGAAAGAAAGCAAUAUUUUCCACUAAUAACUUUUAUCCUGUUUCAGACACAUUAUAACACUAGCAAACAAAGUUACGUGGAUUUGCAAUAGAGGGGGUGCAGUUAAAGUGGCAAAGAUAGCUAUGAUUGUCGAGAUAAGACAGCUCUGAUUGUUGAGACAAUUGAUGUUCUGAAGAAACUUGAGAGCAGCGAGACAUGUCCCUUGGGUAAGAAUGAGGAAUUUGACAAUGAUCUUGUUUAUGAGACUGACAGAAAAUUGCGGGAAGAAAGUAAAUUCUUUUCACUGUAAUAACUGUUAUCCUGUAUUGGAAAUGAUUAUACGAUGUGGAUUGUUGCAUUGGAGAGAGGCCGCUACAGUAAUCUCUUAUUGUUACCAAGAGGCUUCUGUUGUAUU